AUGAAUAGUAGCGCUUUAAAUAAAUCCAGAAGACAACAAAGUUCUUAUGAUUCAAAUUCAUAAUUAAGAACUAUCCUCUUGGCUUCUUUGGCUAAAUUGCAUUCCCAAAGUACUGCUUAGACGGGAUUUAGUGAAUUGAGGUAAUUGAUUGCCUAAUUGUCAUAAAAUUAAUUCGUAAUUUUAACAAAUCUGCUUGAUUCAAAUGAUCUAUCUAAAUAGGCAAAGAAAGAUUAUAUUAAAGUCUUUGGGCUUUUAUCUGAAAUAAGAGGUAAUGAUAUCUAAGAAUAAAUACCGAGAGUAGUUCAAAUAAUUAAUAAAAGAAUUUCAGAGGGAGACUCUUCUUUUUUACAGGUUAUUUCAGACACCUUUGCGAAUAUUAAUGAAUUCACAAUUCAAACAUCUCCUAAUUAGUACGAUUUAUUCUUCUAAAUAACUGAAUUGCUGCAAUCUAAUUUUAUUCAUAAUAACAAAGUAGCUUAGUUGAUAAGUGCAGCCUCUCUAUGUAGACUUAUCAAAACUAGCAAAUCUCAAUUAUUAGAGCUUGUUUGCAAAUAAUAUACUUAAAGAACUCUAGAAAUAUUGAAAUCACCCCAUUGUUAAACAUAAUAAGGUUUAUUAGAAAGUCUUUUGUGUAUAAUCUUAAGUGUAGAAGAAAUCUUUGAGCCAUGUUUGGAAGAUUGUUUAAAUACAAUUUGUAAUUGCCUAUAAUCAUCUGAAUGGAAUUCACGUAAAUUUGCAGUGGAUAUAUUGUAUACAUUAAGUGUUAUAUUCCCACAUUAUUUUAGGGCAAAUUAAUAGUACUCAAAUAAGAUUAGCGAAUUAAGAUUUGAUAAAAUCAAGCAUGUAAGAGAUGCUGCUUCGAUUGCUAUCUCAUCACUAAAAGAGUCUUCAAUCUUAUAAUAAUAAUCAUAAAGAGAACAUAAAUCUGUGUUUAAAUAAAAUGCUAAUAAAAGUUUUUUUGAAAAAAAAUAUGACAUAUAAAUUGUUGAAAACAAGCCAAAAGACGUUGAAAUACAAAAACAAUAAAAUUUAGGAUAUGAACCCCAAUUAAAAAGGGAAAGAUUUUAUAGUAAUGAAAAAAGAUAAUCGCCUUUUUAAAUUUUGACUGAAUCAAAUGUAUUAGCAUCUCCUCAUUAAGAAUAAAUUUAACAGAUGGACUCCAAUCUUAAAAUAAAUAGUUUUGGAUCUAGUUCCAAGAAACGAUAAGUCAAUCUUAGUUAAGAAAUUUAAACAUCUAAUCAAUUAAUAAGUUCCACGCCUAAAAAAUAAUAAUAAUAAACAGAUCUGAUUAAAUUGUGUGAUACUGCUAAAGCUAAAUAGUUAGCAUAUUAUGAAUAGAUAAUAGCUAAAAGAAUUGAGGAGUCUGAAUAGACAACUAAGCAGGAAUUUACUAAAAUUAAUAAUAGAAUAGAUAAAAUAGAAUUACUAUUAGAGAAGUUGAAUGAAACAAUAGAAAAGAAAUUAUAAUAAUAAUAAUAAUAAUAAUAAUAAUAAUAGUAAUAAUACUAAAAUUAAUAAUAAUAAUAAUAGUAGUAAUAAUAAUAAUAAUAAUAAUAACAAUAAUAAUAAUAACAAUAAUAAUAACAAUAAUAAUUGCUUUGUUUGAAGAAAAAAGUACAACCUGUUGAGAUUUAUGAAGAUCAGAUGAUUCCUUGUUUACUUCAUUAAGAAAAUUAAUAAUAAAAAGAUUAACAUAUCUAUGAUUCAUUAAAUGUAGCAAACUAAGAAUAAUAAGAGAAUUCAAAAAUGAAAGAUUUAUUUUUUUUUGGAUAAAAAUGUGAAUUAAUUUCUGACUCUAAAUUGGGAGAAUCAAAUUUUGAAUUUAAUUCAAGAAAAAUGAGUGAAGCUGAUUGCAAAGAAAGAGAAAAUCAUCAAAGAUCUACUUCAGAGGCUUCUCCAUAAAGAAAUCGAGAUUAAUCAAUUUUAACAAAUGAUAGCAAGUAUACAAAGGAAUAGAGUUCUCCUUAACCUCAACUUAAGGAUCCAAAAAUUAAAGAAUAAUAGAAGAUAAUGUAAAGAGUGGAGGAACAAUUGAAGAAAGAAAAUAUCAAUGAAGCUUAUUGUACUGCAUUAACGUCUUUAGAUGAUUAAAUAAUUAUAUCAACUAUGAUGAAAACAGGUCCGUGUACUGAAAGACUUGAUUCUACAUAAGUGGAAUUUUUAUUGCAUAAACUAAGAACUUUGGAUUGGAUUGAAAAUGCUCUUUAACAUCAUUUAGCUAGAAUGCCAGCUAUCCUUUUAAAAUCAAUUUCAACAUAACUAAAUAAUAUCCAAACAACAGAUUAAGUAAAGAGAAUUUAAGAUUUAAUUGACAAGAAAUAAACUACAUCAUCAAAAUGA